CCUUCCCACCACUCGGCUGUCUGAAAAGCUCUGACGUAAUCACGUCCCACUGUUUGACCGUCACUGUGAGGCAACAUGGCGGCGCACAGUCUCUUUCCGUCUGUCAGCAGACUCUUCUUCGCUUUAAAGUACGGUUCACUCCAUUCCAGAUGUUGUGCAGUUCACUGCAGGGCUCAUUAUUCCACCGCCCACAGUCACAGUGAAAAGACCUUCGAUAAGAUCCUCAUCGCCAACAGAGGAGAGAUCGCCUGCAGAGUGAUCAAAACAUGUAAGAAGAUGGGAAUCAAGACUGUAGCUGUUCACAGUGACGUUGACUCCACUGCGGUGCAUGCAAAGAUGGCAGAUGAGGCAGUGUGCGUUGGCCCUGCCCCCACCAACAAGAGCUACUUGAACAUGGACGCCAUCAUGGAUGCAAUCAGACUGACUGGAGCACAGGCUGUUCAUCCUGGUUAUGGCUUUCUGUCCGAGAACAAGGAGUUCGCAAAGCGACUGGCAGCAGAGGGCGUGGCAUUCAUUGGCCCAGACACCCAUGCCAUCCAGGCAAUGGGUGACAAAAUAGAGAGCAAGCUCAUCGCGAAGGCCGCAAAAGUCAACACCAUCCCAGGAUUCGAUGGAGUUGUAAAGACUGCUGAGGAUGCUGUGAAGAUUUCCCAGGAAAUCGGUUACCCUGUGAUGAUCAAGGCAUCUGCGGGUGGAGGAGGGAAAGGGAUGAGGAUCGCCUGGAAUGAUGAAGAGACGAGGGAAGGUUUCCGGUUUUCAUCCCAGGAAGCGGCCUCAAGUUUUGGAGAUGACCGGCUACUCAUUGAGAAGUACAUAGACAACCCCAGACACAUAGAGAUCCAGGUGCUGGCUGAUAAACACGGCAAUGCUCUGUGGCUGAAUGAACGGGAAUGCUCCAUCCAGAGGAGAAACCAGAAGGUGGUAGAAGAAGCUCCAAGCACUUUCCUGGACCCGUCCACCCGGCGGGCCAUGGGUGAGCAGGCGGUGCAGUUGGCCAAGGCUGUGCAGUACUCUUCUGCCGGUACUGUGGAGUUCCUGGUGGAUUCCAAGAGGAACUUCUACUUCCUGGAAAUGAACACAAGAUUACAGGUGGAACAUCCAAUCACAGAGUGCAUCACCGGACUGGACCUGGUGGAGCAGAUGAUUCGAGUCGCCAAAGGUUACAAACUGCAGCAACAGCAGGAAGAUAUUCCCAUAAACGGCUGGGCCAUUGAGAGUCGCGUCUACGCUGAGGAUCCUUACAAAUCCUUUGGUCUUCCCUCUAUUGGACGAUUGUCUCAAUACCAGGAGCCAGUCAACCUCCACAAUGUCCGUGUAGACAGUGGCAUCCAGGAAGGCAGUGACAUCAGCAUCUACUAUGACCCCAUGAUCUCUAAGUUGGUUACCUAUGGAGCGACACGAGCAGAAGCGCUCGCCAAGAUGGAGGACGCCCUGGAUAACUACGUCAUCAGAGGUGUGACCCACAACAUUCCACUCCUGCGGGAAAUCAUUACCAACUCCCGCUUUGUCUCUGGUGACAUCAGCACCAACUUUCUUCCAGAGGAGUAUCCAGAGGGUUUCAAGGGUCAUCAACUGGACAGCGCUGGACGCAGGGAGCUGCUGGCCUCAGUGGCCGCGCUCUACAUCACUGCUCAGCUGCGGUCGCAGAAGUUCUUGGGUGACUUGAGAGUGGCCUCUGCUCCUAUGAAGAGCAGCCGCUGGGAGUUGUGCGUGGAGCUAGGUGACGGACACCAUGACGUUGAGGUCACCCGAUCAGGAAGCGUUUAUUCUGUUGUUGUUGAUGGAGAGGAAGUUGAAGUGGUCGGCGAGUGGAACCUGGCCUCUGCACUGCUGCCGCUUACCAUCAACGGCAAGAACAGAAUGCUGCAGUGUCUGCACAGGGACGCCUCAGGAAGGAUUGUCCUGCAGUACCUGGGUACAUCGUUUCAGAUGCGAGUUCUGUCCAGGUCUACUGCGGCGUUGAAUUCUUUAAUGCCAGAGAAAGUUCCUGAAGACACCAGCAGCAUCUUGCGUUCACCGAUGCCUGGCACGAUGGUGGCCGUGUCCGUCAAGCCUGGAGAUACGGUCGCAGAGGGUCAAGAGAUCUGUGUGAUUGAAGCCAUGAAGAUGCAAAACAGUUUAACGGCAGUUAAACAGGCAAAGGUAAAAACGGUCCACUGUAAGCCGGGGGACACGGUGGGAGAGGGCGACCUGCUUGUAGAGCUGGAAUAAAUUCAACCUUUGACCUUUGGCGUGUGUUACUUGAGUCGCCAGGAUGAGCCUUACCCUUCAUUUAGUCUUUAGCCGACAGGAUGUUCGCUGGAACAUAAACUGGACAAUGAGAAAUGCCGGUGGACAGAGUCAUCACGUCAUUGGUCAGCUGUCAGUCAUUUCACUGUUUCCAUCUUGGUCUAUGUUUUCUACAGCUCCACAUUAGCCCGGCGUUAAAGGGAGAGUUCAGGUAUUUGAAGUGCGGUUGUAUGGUGUUGUGUUCGUCAGAACUGGCUGCGCUGGGAAUCCCCUGCAUCCACAGCCAGCAUAGCGUAGCAUAGCAUUGGUAAUGUGAUAAACACUAGGGAAACAAAAUGAUCUUCCGUAUGGACUCUGGCAGGAUGUUACAUGUGAAUGUCGUAGGUUUUGUACGGCAACCUCUGAGUUGUCGCUAAAAUCAGAUCUUUUCUGCGAUCACUUUUGCGUCAAUCCUGUACAACCCGGCUUCUAAAAGCCUUUACUAUCCCACUUAAGAGCCAGUUCACAACCAUUACACGAAUCCUCUCACUUCUGGUUGUCUGACGACACUGAAAGGAAUUCAGUAUCGGAAUAAAACAGACCCUGCAGAUGGAAAUAACUGUUUGGUGAAGUGGUUCAGCUCCUUUAUGUUGGGGUGAAAUAGAUGCCUUUGAAACUGUGUGUAGUUUGAAAUUGGGAAAUGUUGGGAGGAAACUGGGUUGAACUGACGUUGUCACUUUAUAAAAAUCAAUAAAUCUCCUUUUUUUUUUUCCAGUAAA